AUGGAGGAAAAAGAGGAUGAGGAGGUUGAAACGCAAAAGGAGGAAAAUGAGGGAAAGGAGCAAGCUGAGGAACCAGAAGAAGAGGUUGAAUAUUUGGAUGAAGACGUGGAGUGGAUUGCAGAUGAAGAUCGGCCAGCGGACAACUCUGAUGAAUCGGCUAACGAAGGCGAUGUAUUUGAAGAGCAAAUGGAUGUUGUCCAAGAGUUCACACCGCCUCAAGAUGAUACAUUCCAGUUGUUUUCAGGACAUAAAGAAAGUGUCUUCUGUGUUGACUUUGAUUGUACUGGCCAGUAUCUUGUCUCUGGUGGACAAGAUCAUAUAGCUAUCAUUUGGAAUGUGGCGACGGGUGUAGCUGAAUUCAUAUGUCAAGGUCAUGAAGAUUCUGUCCAUUGUGUCAAAUUUAGUCCAGAUGGUGGUUAUUUAUGCACUGGUGAUAUGGCUGGUAGUAUUCGUGUUUGGUUGAAACCGUUGAAAAGUGUUGAAACCUCCUUGGAAUGGAAAUUAUUGACUACACUGAAUACAGGAGAUCUUUUAUGGAUAAGAUGGUGGUCACCUCCAGCGAAUAGUAUUAACGUAAAGUCAAAAGUUGACAACACUUCUGGUUUACCAAAUCCUGCUGUCCUAUUGGCUGGAGAUGAAGAUGGUCUUGUAACUGCUUGGCCGGUUAAAGCGAAUUUAACAAAUACCAAUAGCGCGGCUAGUCAUGCAAAAUGUUUAUCAGGGACUGGUCAACCAGCUAUUGAUGCUAUCAUUCUACCGAGUACAGUGAAUACAGAUAAGCCAAAAUUAGCUGUCCUCUACAAAGAUGGAGAUCUACGUGUAUGGGAUUUAAAAACAGAAUCACAGAUCACUAGUCUUCAGCUGUGCAGUACACAUUCAAGUUUAUCUACUUUAUGCAGAGAUUUAGAAGUUUAUCAGUUGCUGUCACCUCAAUCAUUUACUACAUCUUCAGGGGGUGUCAAUUCAAGUGAAAGUGAUGUAUUUCUAAUCACAGGGAAUGGAUUUAUCUGUCCUGUAUCACUUAAGCAUACUCCUACUACUGAAAUGUUAGAUUCACGUUUAAAGAUUUUAGAUGUAAUCAAGACGGAGGAUGAUGGAUCAGUUGAAGCAUUGAGCUGUUCAUGGACGCAUCCAUUAUUUGCAUUCGGUACAGUGACUGGUAUUCUGGGCAUAUGCGAUACUCAAACACUUAGUAUACGUCAAAAAUGGAUGUAUAUCGAUGAAGAUGAUGGACAACCUAUCGGAAUUACGUCGUUAUGUUGGAGUCGAUAUAAACCGAUAUUUUUCACUACAACUGUUAAAGGUUCAAUAGUCGCAUGGCCUGGUAUCUCUGGUGAAAGAAUACAAUCGCCUUCGUUGUCGUCGCCUACCUGUAAUCAUCAAUCGAAAGAUCCAAUCCCAUUGAAAAUAUGGUGGGGUCAUAAAGCAAUGAUUUUAGAUUUAGCUUUACCGCCAUCAAUGCACAACUUAUCUAAUCAUAAUAAUAAUGUUGAAAUAAACAGUGAAAAAGGAAAUGAGAAUACCCUUCAGUUAUUGAAUAAUAGUAAGACAGAAUUGUACAACAUUGAACCAUUUUUGUGUACAGCAUCAGAUGAUGCAACCGUACGAUUCUUUGAAAUUAAUUUUUCCUAAGCAGCAACGUGUUUUUUUGACAUACAAUAAUUUCUCGUUUUGGCUCUAAUCAGGGAUGGAGGUUGUCUAAUAUGACUGGAAUGCGCCUGCGUCAGUACACGACAGUAGAACUGACUGAUCACUUGAAGUUAUAUCCCCCCCUUUCCCGGCACACACACACUGAGACAGACACCAGAUUCAGAUUCAACCGUGACAAUGUUUGUUUGACAAGAUGCACUAGUGCAUCAUAGUUAAAAAACCCUCAGAAAUUUAAGUCAUAAAUAAAUAUAUAAAACGAAUUUGAUAUUCAAGUGUUCGUUUGUAGGGAUUUGAUUGAUUGGUUACAGGAUUUCAUCAUGAGCCUACAUUGGGUAGAGAACCAUUGGAAAACCUGGGGUACUGGACAACUGUUUCGUCCCAGUGUGGGCUCCUUCAGCAGUACGCAUCCACCGGUAGGGUUCGAACCCUGGAUCUUCUGGUUACAAGGCAAGCUGGCUCGUAUACCAUUAAGCCGCUGGGGCCCGAUCCAAUGACUCAUGAAUUCUAAUUUCUGCCAAUUCACGACAUAGCGCAACCUCUAGCCAAUGCUCACUAGCGACUUGCCCUAUUCAGGUGGGCGGUUACCUGGAGUACUAGUGAGAAGUCGUGACCAGUGGGGUACAACAGGUCGGGUGUGAGGACAAAUACUCGUCACUGAUGACAUUGGCUAGGGGUCGCGCUAUGUCAUGAAUUGGCAGAAGUUAGAAUUCAUGGGCUGGGUAUUGGAUUGAGUACCAGUGGCUUAAUGGUCUACGAGCCAGUUAGCCUUGUAACCAGAAGGCCCUGGAUUCGAACCCUGUCGGUGGGUGCGUAUUGAUGAAGAGUCCCAAACUAGGUUGGUGAAACAGCUGUCCAGUACUCCCGAUGGUUCUCUAACUAAUGUCAGCGCAUGAUGAAAUCCUAUAACCGAAAAAACGAAUUUGAUUGGCUGUGUAAAAUCGAAAAUAAAUCCCUCAUAAAAAAAUUAAGCUAUUAGUAGUAAACCAAUCUAAAUUGUUCAAUAAAUAGGGUUAUCUUGUCAAUGCAAGUGUCGUUAAUCACGGCUAACAAUGAAGUUUGUUUUAAUGUAUGUUUUUGAUAGCAUUUAGAAAAUCAAAACAAGUGAUUCAGCGAAGAGACUCUUUUCAACGAAUUUAUCAUCAAGCUGUAUAUAUAUAUAUAUAUAUAUAU